AUGGUAAUAGGAAGCCUUAGUGAAAAGAUUGAUAGAUGUGUCAUUAAAGCUCCAGUUUCUCUGGUUACAAACCAACUGUCUGAGAGGCUUGGAAAGUUCAAAGAUAAAAGGCUUGCCACAUGGUCAGUAGAGGACACACAGGAAUGGCUUCUUCACACUGGAGUCAAAGAGUUUUACAGACAGUCUUUUGCAGAACUUAUGAUGGAUGGAUUUCUGAUGUCAUCCCUGACAGAUAAAGAUCUGUCUCAGUUCUUAGGUGUUGACAGCCAAGGUGCAAGAAGAACAAUUCUGCACCAAAUAGUAAUUCUUCAAGAAAGAGAGAAAAAGCUUCCUGACAGCUGGCACCUGCAAGCAAAGUCUGCACGCCCUCGGACAGGCACUGUCUACUUAAUUUAUGACCCUGCUGAUACAAACUUGGCAAAAACCCUGAGUACUGAGCUACAGAAGAACAAACUGCUGGUAUUAUACAGCGAAUAUUCAGGCCAAUCCAAAGAAGAGUUUCUUAGGGAAAAUGGACCUCAUAUGUCUUUAGCAACUAAGGUGGUGCUGGUGUUGACAGAAGCAGCAGCUGGGUCUCCCAUUGUAUAUCUUCAAGUUCUCUUCUCUGAGUGGUUGGGGAAAGCAAUGAUAACAGCAGUCUUCAGGAACUCUUGGGACAGACUCCGUCCAAGCCUUCAAGUAAUUCUUGGUGAUAAGUCAGCUGUGGAUUUUGAGAGACAGCUGUUUCAAGAUGCACUUCCUAUCCUGCAAGACCUACUUCGACCUCGCAGAAUGAUGCCUGGAGUUAUAUUAGAGCAAGCAUACAUUGACAGAAUAGCGGAGGGAGUAAAGCCACUGCAAAACCUUGCUUCAUCAUCUGCAGAUGUAGUUUACUGGCCAAUUGACAAUGAAGAAAUCCAGCCCAAGAUAUUCAUCAGUUACCAAUGGGAUGUUCAGACAAAGGAAAGCAAACAUGUGUAUAUUCACAGCAAUGAAGCAGAAUCCAUUGUUCUCUAA